GUACACUAGUUAUCAUAAUGGCGUUUUCCAGUAAAGAUCCUUGCUUUUUGCCUCUGUGGCAAAAUGGGCCAUCUCCUGGUGCAUUUUAUCAUUUUCCGGGCACCCAGAACGGCACCGGUGGAUUCCAAAAAUCACAAUCUCCUAUAACGACUGGUACAUCUGUCAUUGGUAUACAAUUUAAAGACGGAGUCGUUAUAUCAGCGGAUAUCUUAGGAUCUUAUGGAUCUCUCGCUCGCUAUAGAAAUCUAGAGCGUCUUAUGAAAGUUAAUGAUAACAUCAUUCUUGGUGCAUCUGGAGAUUAUGCAGAUUUUCAAUGUAUCAAGAGUUAUGUGGAAAGAAAGAUUCUGGAAGAACAAUGCUUGGAUGAUGGAUUUAGUUUGAAGCCGAAAGCGCUGCAUUGUUGGUUGACACGUGUCAUGUACAACAGACGAUCAAAUUUUGAUCCGUUUUGGAACAAUUUUGUCAUUGCCGGUUUGGAAGAUGGACAACCAUUUUUGGCAACUGUAGAUAAGCUUGGAACAGCUUACAAAGAUCCUGUUAUUGCAACUGGAUAUGGCGCUUAUAUGGCAACACCUAUUCUGAGAAAAGCUUAUGAGGAAAAUAGCCAAAUGAGCAAGGAAGAAGCUAUUCAACUUAUAUACAAAGUAAAUCAAGUUCUUUUCUACAGAGAUGCAAGAUCUUUCCCAAAGUAUCAUUUGGGUAUUGUUACGAAAGAAAAAGGAAUCGAAAUACAAGGACCGAUAGACGUAGAAAGUUAUUGGGGACCCGCAAUUCUAUAAAAUUAUAAUGUUUUCGUAUUCUUUCAAAAUAAGUUAUAAUAAAAAAAAUUAUAGG